GCAGGUGACAUGGGCAUCUGGGGGCGACUGGCCUUCUUGCUGUUGUUGCUGUUGCUGCUGCGAGGCCUGGGGCAGCCCACGUGGCCGGCAGCAGCGGCCCUGGCCCUGUGCUGGCUCCUGGGAGGCCGCGCCUGCGGGGCGCUGCUGGGCCUGGCCGCGCUGUCUUGGCCCUGGCUGGGCCCCUGGAUGCCUCACUGGCUGAGUCUGGCGGCCGCGGCCCUCACGCUGGCUCUUCUGCCCGCGCAGCCGCCCCCAGGGCUGCGAUGGCUGCCUGCUGACCUGGCCUACACCUUCAGGGCCCUCCGCCUGGGCCUGAACAUCUGGGUGCGCUUGAGCCGCCGGCCGCCCGACACCUUCAUAGACUCCUUCGAGCGGCGGGUGCGCGCGCAGCCAGGGCGCGCGAUCUUGGUGUGGACGGGGCCCGGGAGCCGGUCGGUCACCUUCGGGGAGCUGGACGCCAGGGCCUGCCGGGCAGCGUGGGUCAUGAAGGCCGAGCUGGGCGGCGCCUCGGGCCUCCGCACUCGGGAGCCCACCGCCCUCCUGGUGCUGCCCUCGCAGACCAUCCCGGCCCUGGGCUUGUGGCUGGGGCUGGCCAAGCUGGGCUGCCCGGUGGCCUGGAUCAAUCCGCACGGCCGCGGGGCGCCCCUGGUGCACUCGGUGCUGAGCUCUGGGGCUCGGGUGCUGGUGGUGGACCCAGACCUGCGGGAGAACCUGGAGGAGGUCCUUCCCAAGCUGCAGGCAGAGAACGUCCACUGCUUCUACCUCAGCCGCUCCUCCCCCACGCCGGGCGUGGGGGCUCUGGGGGCUGCCCUCGAUGCUGCCCCCUCAGACCCCGUGCCCGCUGACCUGCGUGCUGAGAUCAAGCUGCGAAGCCCAGCUCUGUUCAUCUACACCUCGGGGACCACCGGGCUGCCGAAGCCAGCCAUCCUCACGUAUGAGCGGGUGCUGCAGAUAAGUGGGAUGCUGACCCUGUGUGGGGUCACAGCGGACGACGUGGUCUACACAGUCUUGCCUCUGUACCACACGAUGGGGCUUGUCCUUGGGGUCCUCAGCUGCCUGGAGCUUGGAGUGACCUGUGUCCUAGCCCCCAAGUUCUCUGCCUCCUGCUUCUGGGACGACUGUCGGCAGCACGGUGUGACUGUGAUCCAGUACGUCGGCGAGGUCCUGCGGUACCUGUGCAACACCCCCCAGCGGCCGGAGGAUCAGACACAUAACGUCCGUCUGGCGAUUGGCAGUGGACUCCGGGCGGAAGUGUGGGAGACCUUCCAGCAGCGCUUCGGCCCCAUUCGCAUCUGGGAAGUCUAUGGCUCCACGGAAGGCAACGCUGGCUUUGUCAACUACCCAGGGCGCUGUGGGGCCCAGGGCAAGAUAAGCUGGUUCCUUCGAGUGCUGUCCCCCUUUGAGCUUGUGCGGUACAGCGUGGAGACAGAGGAGCCCGUGAGGGACAGCAGGGGCCUCUGCAUCCCUGUGGAGCCAGGGCAGGCAGGGCUCCUGCUCACCCAGGUGCUGCGGCACCAGCCCUUCCUGGGCUACCGCGGGCCCCGGGAGCACACAGAGCGGAAGCUGGUGCAGAACGUGCGGCGCCCGAACGACGUUUACUACAACACCGGGGACGUGCUGGCCAUGGACGAAGAAGGCUUCCUCUACUUCCGCGACCGCCUCGGGGACACCUUCCGGUGGAAGGGUGAGAACGUGUCCACGCGGGAGGUGGAGGGCGUGCUGUCUCUCGUGGACUUCCUGCAGGAGGUGAACGUCUAUGGCGUAGCAGUGCCAGGGUGUGAGGGCAAGGUGGGCAUGGCCGCCGUGCGGCUGGCCCCUGGUCAGGCCUUCGACGGGCAGAGGCUGUACCAGUACGUGCACACCUGGCUGCCUGCCUACGCUGCCCCUCAUUUCAUUCGUGUCCAGGACGCCUUGGAGACCACGAGCACGUUCAAACUGGUGAAGUCCCGGUUGGUGCGCGAGGGCUUCGACGUGGGCAUGGUCGCCGACCCCCUGUUCGUGCUGGACAACCAGGCCCGCGCCUUCCGGCCCAUGACGCCAGACAUAUACCGGGCGGUGUGUGAGGGAGCCUGGAGGCUCUGACGGCCAGGGCGGCCCGCGGGGCACCUGAAGGCGCUGGUCACCCCCGAUGCUUGUUCUGUCACCACAGCUCGGACCUGCACGGGGCUGUCAGGGAUCCCAGCCUGGCCUUCUCCCCAGGUGCACAGUGCAGGUGACCCUGACCCCACAGCAGAGGGACAAUAAACUUGGCUGUGUACACAGAUGUCUGCGUGGGUGGGGAGCAAGCAGGGAGAACAGGGCCCCGUGCCCUCCAGACACCUUACUUCAGAGUCCCCCCCUCGAGGAGUGGCCCUGUCUGGGCAAGGCCAGGGGUGUGGGAGGAGCCAGCAGCCCCGCAGCCACUCCAGGUAGAGAGAUGAUUCUAUCUGUGGGCCAUGUGUGGCCUCUGAUGGGGCUGGGGCUGGGCCGGGCCAGCGCAUGUGGACGUGGUCUGGAGGAUGUGGGGGGACGUGCCGUGAUGGGCCAUCUGACAAGGGCCAGAGGGCGUUCGACUGAGGCAGGAAGGGUGUGACUGGGGGGAGGAGUGUGUCUGGCGGAGUGCAUGUGCAAAGGCCCUGGGGCAAGUUUUUCUGUGGGGAGCAGAUGCAGAGACUUCUGGAGCAUGGAGUACGCAGUGUCUUCGGGGGCAUUGUGGGAGCAGCAGGCAGGGUGAUGCUAGCAGGAGCAGUUUUGGCUGGGUGACGUCCCCGAGGCAGUAUCGUGGCCCCACGGGUCCCUGGGCGUUUUAGGGUGGGUUCGUGUGAGAAUCUUCUCCUCCGUGGUGGCGGCCAGUGCUGUGUGCAUCCUGAGCACAGCAGACCAGGCGUGGCGGGCCGUGCCUGUGCUUAUCUUCCAGGAUGUGGCUGUUCCUGUUGCCACUGACUGUUUCUCUGCCUUUUGGGGCCAAGCAAGCCCUGUGUGUCCCCCAUGGAACCACAGCCCUUUCUUGGCACUGGUGCACACAGCUGGACUCGAUCCAGGCCCACUGUGGUCCAGCCCACCUCCCUGCACACACUAGGUUGUCAGGUGCGUGCACACACCUGUUCCCUCCAGGAGAGCCCGGGCUAACAAGGGAGUGGGAGCUGUGUGCUCACGGCAGCAGAGCCCCAGGCUGGCUACCUCUGCUCUGGCCCAGGUCUGCUUCCUCCUGGAGCACACAGUAGGUCCAAUAUUGUUAGACAGCUGGCGCAUAGCAGCAGAGGCUGGGCUGAUGCACCUUGAGGCCCAGUCUGCUGCCCCGUUACCUUAAGGCCCUGGUACCCUCUGGGACCAGAAACCAGCCCGAAGGGAGCUUGGAGUAUAUGGAUGAAGUGGUAGAGACUGGCGCUGGCCACCCCACUGUGAGCAGAUGCUCCGGCCAUGUCUUGUGACCAUCCCUUAAGACCUGCUGGGCCUGCUCUCCAGGCUUCCCUGGGCUCCUGUGCCGAGCUGCCUGUCGCCUGUGCCAGCCUGAGCCGAUGUCCACUUCUCUUGCGUGUACCAUGCUGCGAGGGGGGUUAAGCUGUGGCCAUCCCCCCGAUGAGGAAUGCUGCAAUCCUGCGCCAAAUUCAAGGGGUCCUGACUGGUGAGGCUGUGUCACUGCAUUUCCACUUGACAGAAGAGGCUAGCAUCUGGGAUGUAGGCCAAAGAGACACCCUCAGGCAACAGAGAGCCAGGGCUGGGAUGCCUGGAGAGCUGCGCAGGGGGGCGUGUGCUGGACGCGAACCUGGGUCUGUGGAUCCCAGAGCUUGCCGUGUGGAUUGAGAGCUGGCCACUCACAGGCUGGGCAGCAGGGCAAUGCCUAGACCGCUCGCCUCCCGGGAAUUGGCUUCCUUCACUGUGAAAUGGGACGGGUGAGCAUGUCCACCUCAACAUAUGUUUGUGGGGUUAAAAGAAGAUUGACGUGCAGGGAACGUCCCCCACAAGGGCUGCUGUUGUCUCUGAUAUCGGCAUCCUGUCUUGGCUGUCGCCGUGGGCCUGUGUCUUCGUCAGCAGUGUCGCUGGGAGGGGCCACGGUCAGCAACAACAGGAGUGAAUUGCACCUAAGAGCCCUCGAGGGUGCCCUUGGAAGCAGGCCAGUGCGGGUACAUCUCACUCAACAGUCUGUCUCACCCUCAUCCCAUCUCCCUGGGUGGUGGUAGCACUGUUCCCACUUUAUGGUCAAGGAUACCCCGGCUGAGAGGGUGCUUCGGCUGUGAGUUAUUUAGUCAGCCCGAUCAGCGCAGGUAUCAUAGCAUGGACGUUAUAAAAAGAUCUCACUAUGGGGACUUCCGUGGUGGCACAGUGGUUAAGAACCUGCCUGCCAAUGCAGGGGACACGGGUUCAAGCCGUGGUCCGGGAAGAUCCCACGUGCCGCAGAGCAACGAAGCCUGAGCGCCACAACUAGGGAAAGCCCACGUUCAGCAGCGAAGACCCAGCUUAGCCUUCCACCCGGCCACCCCAAAAUUCCACUGGUUAGGGAGAGACGCGAAAGGUGGUAUCCCCGCAGGGAGGCUGCUGGUGCGGGGUCCCCGCGGUGUGUGGUAGAUGCCCUUGUAGGACACCGGCGGGUCCCACGAGCGACAGCCCAGUUGGCCCAGAGAAUGAAUCACUCCCGAGGCUUCCCUGGUGGUCCAGUGGUUAAGACUUCCCCUUUCAAUGCAGGGGGUGUAGGUUCGAUUCCCUGGUCGAGGAGCUAAGAUCCCACAUGGCUCGUGGCCAAAAAACCAAAACAUAAAACAGAAGCAAUAUUGUAACAAAUUCAAUAAACACUUUAAAAAUGGUCCCAAAAAAACUUCAAAAAAACAAAAAAAGAAUCACGCCCGCCACAUAGCAUGCAGUCAGGUUACAUAUAAAAGGAGCUUUAUUACGAGGGGUUGGCUCACCGGAUUGUGGUGUCUGAGAAGGCCCACGCUCAGCUGUCUGUGGGCUGGGGGCCCAGGAGAGCCUGCGGUUCGAUUCAGUCCACGUCUGAAGGCCUGAGAACCAGGGGAGCUGUUUGUGUAAACCCAGCCCAGGGGCAGAAGAUGAGAUGUCCCAUCACAGCGAUAAUCACGUCGUUGCCUUCCCUUAUAGAAAGCCCAGCCGUAACCACGUAGUUUGCUACUGCUUCUUUCUGAACGUGUCUAUAAGCACACUGCUUUCUUCCCCGUCUCCCCUAUCUGUUAAGCGUCCUUUGUGGAGUGCCUCCGUGCGGCCACGUGAGGCUAGAGGCUGCUCCUCUGCGCGGCUGUCCGUAUUACGCCGUAGGUCGUGCCUUUUCUCAUAGGCUGGUGGAAAUUCCUGUUUAUUCCGGAUGCUGGUCGCUGGGCACAUCUUCCCCCUCUUUGUAGCGAGCCUGUCUGCUGUGUUUACGAUGUCUGACGAUGACACUGCGUUGUGUCCUGUGUUCCCGUUCUGCGUAGUGUUUAGCUUGUCGGGGAAAACUCUUUUGUGCCUCAAGAUCUUGAAGGUGGUCACCUGCGUUGGCACGUAACUACCUUCCUUGCUUUGCCUUUCACACUAGACCUUCAUGUUACGGCAGGAGGUCGAGAUCAUAUGUCUCCAUGUGGAUACCCCUUUUAUGGAAAGGCCCCUCCUUCCUCAAGCUCUGCAGGGUUGCCCUGGCUUAGGUCAGCCGUCCACUUGUGAGAGUGUCUGAAGCUGGGCUCCCUCUUCUGUCCGUCGUGUUGGUAUCGUCAUCUCUCCCAGGUCUGAUGAAUGCCUCUUACUGACAAGGGAGACGUUUUGUGCCUUGUGGGUAUAGAAACCCACCGCUUUCCUGGUCUGCCAACCAAGAGGUGGCCGAGCAGCUGGCUAUGCAGGUCGGGGGGCUUUGUGGGCUCCUCGGUGGGCCCGAGGUGGAGGACAGAAGCGCCACGCUGACCUGGCCGCCCGUCUCAGCCUGCUGGCCGCCUUGGGCCCUCACCCAGGCUCCAGGCUCACAGCACCGCCACAUGCCACUGGGCCUUUGCAUAUGCUGUUCUCUCCACUUGCCAGCCACACCACCAUCCCUGGUGACCUCCUGAGAAGAGUGCUUUUGUCCUGAGGCCUUGGGCUGUAUCAGCUUGGCCUCUUGGGCCUGGGAGCUGGAGUCUGUGUAGCUAAGGUCAGUUAUGUGGGGCUCCAUGCCUGCAGGACCGAGUCCCAGUAGCACCUGGAAACAAGCUCAGGUGAGCUUCCCUGCACAGCAGCACUUUGCAGUCUUCCCACAUCAGGGCUGGGAGGAUUCAGCGCUUUUUGUGAGAUUCCACUGGGAGGGGACACCUGGCAGCUUGCCCCAUACACCUUGCCCUUUGCUGAUUUUAUAUAUACAUUGUAUUGGUAAUAAAUGGUGUCACCGAG